CGGCGGCUUCAACAAUGCAACAGUGCUGGUACACCAGUGCCCCAUGCCCAAUUGCUUCCGUGGGGUCGAGGGGGCGAACGUCUGUUAUUGCUGCUAUUAGCUGCUAAGGACCUAGGGGCAGGCGGCAGUGGUACUUGACGGUGCUAUUAAUGUGCGAAAGAGCGGCGCGGGUGGGGACUGCGAAGUGAGGGCCCGUUUAUAAUAAACAGCUCAACAACCGACGCUCAAAUUGCGGCGCCAAAGUACCUGGCGACCACUGCAUAGCGAGCGCGACCACUGAUAAUAGUACUAAUUCUAUUGGCAUCUCCGUUCGACAAGACAAAAACGUAACAGCACACAAGAACGACGCAACUUCACGUGCACCAACGACGCAUAGGAUACAAGUUAAUAUAUAUAUAUAUAUAUAUAUUGCGAACAGUGUCUAAGGAUGCGACACGUGCCUCAGAGCGGUGCUUAAGGGAGUUUCUUUAAUGUCUGAACAUAAUUUCUUCUGAGGACACUGGUUUUCCCAGAGCGGUUUUCGUUUGUUACAACUUUUGAUGUGUCAAAGUUUGUUCGGAGUAAAGCGGAGGAUACAUCUGCUAUUGCUGCACCGACGAUCAGGAUCGAAAAAAUAAUAAAAGCUAAAACUUUGUUAUUCAAAAUGUUCAGCAAGGUGUGUGUGUCCUGCUAAGGCAUAGACCGAUCAUGGUACCCUGGUGCGAUGAAACACCCUGUGGAUCUAGUGAUUUUUGAUAGUGUAACAUACAAAUAUGGUUUUAGGAAUGACCAAGAUGUGCUGACGUAACGCAUGUUUCAUUGAACACAUUCCAGCCGCCACUGACAGAGAAGCCAAACAUAAUGAUUUUGUGCCUAUUUGGAUACACACUUCGCGCAAUCGACAGCGUUGUUUCAAACUAUGCUGUUUCCGUGCGCACUUGCAUUCAUAGCGGUCGAAGCCCGGUUCCCGGUGCCAACCAGACUGCGAUACGGCCCCACAGUUCCCAUCGCCAAAGCUGCCGCGGAAGCUGCUCUUGGCUAUGCCUGCUCGGUUCCAAUAGCUAACGUUGCCCCCGCACCAUUAGCGUUUGGUGCUCGUAUCUCCCAUUUGGCUCCACUGGCUCUUAGCGCCUCGACACCGAUUCGAGCGGCAGCUUACACCGCUUAUCCUGCCGCAGUGGCCGCUAUACCAGUAAGUCAAGUGACUGCCCCCACGAUGCUUGCCGCACCAACUGUGCCCAGUUAUGCCCAGUCGGUCAUUUAUGCUAAGGCUCGUGUUCCUGUAUCUGUCUACCAGUCAGCCUCCCCUCUUGCCGCGACGGCAUUUACCGCCUCUAUCGCUGAACAGGCCCCAGUUACCGCUACGCCCAAGGUAACUGUUAUACCUUCCGAGUCUAUCCACGUCUCCCAAGCCUAUUCCUUUGGAUAUCAGUCAGUUGACAAGUACGGCAAUCGUCAAUCCAGACAGGAACAAAGUGACGUGAACAAUUUCAAGAAGGGGUCUUACUCAUACACUGACGCACAUGGGAUCUCGCGUCGCGUCGAUUACAUCGCUGACGUCGCCGGCUUCCGCGCCACAGUUGCUACAAAUGAACCCGGCACCGCUCCUUCAGCACCUGCCGCCGCCCUUUAUAAUGACUCCAUACACGCAAAAGCCGCCGCGUAAGUUCAGCUGACCUAAGUUCCAGCCAGUGUUUGACUCCUAUGUACUCCUCCACGCGUCAUACAAAUAGAUGCCAAAUGUACACAUGCCCAUAUAUAAACACAAAUAAACUGUUUAUAAUAUUGAUUGUGAUUAUAAAAGGCAGAGGGAUAGGUAUAGAAAUAUGCAUACACACGUUCGAAAAUGGCGAUGAGCUGAGAGACUAAGAGAGAUACCAUCUGAAAUAUAAAUUAAGAUAACUGCCACUUAUGUACAUAUACCUAAUAAAAAUAUAGGUACAUAGAGAUCCAAGGCGCCGCUUAAAUAAUGGAACUUUUUUUUAUAAUGGACAGCAUGACUAUAAGUGAACCUGCAAUAUUAAACUCAUAAUAUUGUGAUGCGAGUAUUAAUAAUGUAUUCAAUUACU